GGAGCUUGCGUCAUCAUCAGAGGGGUCCUUUCGCCGCUGUGUGAGCACGUGCCCUGCAGAAGCCGCAGAAGAUCUCCGGUAACGGCGCCGCGAUGAUGGGCGGCAAACCGAGCGCGAUCGCCGCGGGGGUCUGCGGCGCGAUCUUCAUCGGGUACUGUGUCUAUUUCGACAGAAAACGACGCAGCGAUCCGAACUUCAAAACUAGACUGCGUGAACGGAGGAAGAAGCAGAGAGCUGCUCAGAAUAAAUCUGGACUCGCUGAACUGCCAGAUCUUAAAGAUGCGGCAGCCGUGCAGAAGUUCUUCCUGGAUGAGAUCCAGCUCGGCGAGGAGCUGCUGGCGCAGGGAGACUACGAGAAGGGUGUUGAUCACCUGACCAACGCCAUCGCCGUCUGCGGCCAACCACAGCAGCUCCUGCAGGUGCUCCAGCAGACUCUGCCUGCACCCGUCUUCCAGAUGCUGCUCACCAAACUGCCCACGAUCAGUCAGCGGAUAGUAAGCUCUCAGAGUCUGGAGGAAGAUGACGUGGAGUGAAGCUCUUUGAUUCACGGUCCUCCUGAUCGCUGCACUCUCUCUCUGUUCAUAGUUUGCAGUAUCAUAGUUCAUAUAAAGAGCUGCUGUUUUUCAUUCCAAACAUGAUUUCUAAUAACAAUAACAGAUCUUUGAAUACAAACGAAAGCAUCCAAGUAUGAGUUGAAUAUAUUACUGAUUAUAAGGUCAUCAUGUUACAGACAGUCGUUUUUGGAUAUUUCACGUUUAGGGGUUAAUCAUAUAUUAGGACGGCUGAUCUAUCUGCAAUGUAAUCAGAUGUUUUUGUGUAUCAAUCGUUUUGAGUGUGAAAGUGUUUUGGGCACAUUUGUAAUUUGUAUGCACUGAACUUUAAAUAAUGUUUUUUUGUUUUUUUUUUAAUUAUUCAUUAAAUACUUUAAUCAA